UCUGGAAUCGUGAUAGUUUCUUCAAGGUUUCUGAAAAAUGUUGCCGGAGAAGACGAUUAUUACAUCGGAGACUUCAAAUUCGUCUCCUUUAAACCCUCCUUCUUUGCGGAUUAUCUGCCAUGUGUGUAAUAAACAGUUCUCGCAGUACACUUGUCCUCGCUGCAACUUCCGCUACUGCUCUCUUCCUUGUUACAAAUCUCACAGUGUCCAAUGCACUGAAUCUUUUAUGAGAGAGAAUGUGGUGGAUGAGCUGCGGCAAGUUCGAUCUGAUGAUCAAACCAAAACGAAGAUGCUCGAAAUUUUGAAACGGUUUCACUCCGAAGAAGAAGAAGAUGAUGGUGGAAUUGAUAGCAUCACGGAUGAUGAAGGGUCGAGUUUGACUCUACCGGAGGAAAUUUGUCAAAAGAUUCUUGCCGGAGAUGAAGUCAAUCUUGAUGAUCUGAGCUUAGAAGAGAGAAAAGGGUUCCAAAGAGCCUUAGCGUCUGGAGAACUUAGCAAAAUGAUAGAACCAUGGGAUCCUUGGUGGUUACUCCCUUCAGCUCGAACGAUCUCACUUGGAACAAAAGGUACACAACUGGUACAAUGUGUUGAAGAAGAUGAUCAAGAAGCCAGCGAAAUUCCUCGAGGGCCCGAUACACCUCUGACCUCACUAAGCAAGCUCAGCUCAACGAAUCCAUCUCCUCUCUUACCACUCCAUUUGGUUGACAUUGUAUACAGUUAUUGUUUUACUCUCCGUAUCUAUAAUGGAGAUUGGGAAUCCGAUACGUUAGGCUCAGCAACCAUGGUACUGACUGUUUCAUCAGUUUUGGGUCAGAGUGCACAACCCGAGACCAUAAAGGAAGUGUUUUCCUUUUGCUUGGAACAGACGUGCUCUUCAGCUUACAAAAACCUCUGCGGCGGUCUGAAAUUCGGAUUGAAUCUGGUGGAUGAUGUGAUUCAUUUGCUAUCUCUUGGCACUGCAGCUCUGGUGUGCUUGCUCUGUGAUCUCCAAAGGCUGAUACAUGGUGCAAUUCAGGAAGUGAAAUCAUCAGGGCGUGAUCUGAAGAAGAAACUGAAGCUUGCAGAUAAAAAAGUGUUUUUCAUGAUGUGUUGGGUCAAUGAGCAGACUCCGGAAGUGUGGCAAGCUCUGGAAUCAUCGGUAAGGGCAGAGAAGAACUCGAUUGUUGAGCUCAACGAUUACAGAGGGCGUCCAGACGUGAAGGAGAAAGGACCUAUUCGAAAAGGUGGUUGCGUGGUGAUUGAAGAGAUAGAAUGAGUUAUAAUGCUGUAAUUAUAGCUUGAUAAUGAAAAGUGU